AUUUCGGAUAUAAUUUCGUUUGUACUAGCGACAUCUUUCGGCGACGAGAGCAAUUCCUGUUGGUGCAUUUGCACUGAAGGCUGUCGGUCACGUGACUCGUAGAACACGUCAAGUUUAAUUCUUUAUCAUAUGGAUUUCUUGUCGAAUAGUAGUUUUAAAUCUCAACGGUAGUUUUCUGUUUGUGGCUCGCUCUUUAUAAAAACAAAAAAAAGCGUAGGAGACGUUUAACGAUAAAAUUAAAUAAGUAUGUGUGAUGUCAUAGAAGUAUGAAGAUCUGUUGUGUGAAAAUUACAUUGCUAGUAAUAUUUAUUUCGUUUCAUAGAUGGCACUGCACUGGUGAAUUUGAGCAAACUCUUUCUUAUAAAAAUGAUAAACUUGUGGAAUCAUCAAGUGGUAUUAAAAGUAACCAAAUCAAUUCUGAUUUUCUUUCUUCAGCUAUAAAAGAGACAUAUACAUUACAUGGUGUAUAUAAGUCUCGUACAUUACAAAAAUCUCAUUUAUCAAAUAAUGUUAAGAAAAGACCAAUAUCUCUUCUGCUCGAGGUUAAAUCUGGAGUUAAGAUCAGGAAAUCAAAGGUAUUUCAGGUAUACAAGAGUUUAAUAAAAAUAUUUUUGUUAAAAAGUUCCCUGUAAUAUCUUCAUAAAUGUCCACUAAAAUGACUCACUGCUAAUUGUGUGUAAUGGAAAACUUGGUGUGAAAAAUUAUUGUUUGAAGAAAAUAACAAUGUGCAUGUCAUAUUUUAAAGUAAUAUUGUCUUUAAUGUUAUAUAUUAAUUAAUGACUGUUUAAAAUUAAAUAAUAAUAAUUCAGUAAAACUGCAUGAUAAAUUCAAUUAAAAACAGUAGUGUGAAUAAUCAAAUCAUUUGAUUAUUUAUGUACAGGGUGUACAUAAAAGAUCUUUGCAACUUUAUGCAUUAAUAAGAAUUUUAAGUCUACCUUCACAAAAGUUCCAGAUAGAUUUCAUUUAAAAAAGAUAUUCAAAAAUGUUCAUAUAUGGCAUUCUUGGUCAUGAGCAUUUCACAAUAGGUACUGAUUAGCUGGAUUAACAGAAUUUACUCAGUAGCCAUGAGUCCUCAAGUGCAUUGAGUCAUUUAUUGAAACAAAAUUUAAUAUUGUGGCUCUAAAUAAGUGUGGAACUCUAUAUAACACACCACUGUCAUCAAGAUCUAUUUUCAUGCUUGGUAUGAAAGAUUUAUGACCACAGUAAGUGUUGAAUAUAAGAAAGGUUAUGAGUGACCUAGAGUAUCUGAUGAAAAUAUGGAACAAGAGUGAGAGUCAUUUCUUCAUAGAAGUCAACAUGAACAACAGCUGGAGUUAAAUGUGUCUCUCACACUGUUCAUAAAGUACUGAGGAGUUGUUCACAUAUAUGUUCUUGCACAUUUCAAAUCCCAUAAGAAAUCACUCAAGAUGAUUGGAUUUCUCAUAGAGAUUUUGCAAUUACCAUGCUUGAUUGUUUGGAAGAUAUCAACAGUUUUCUUAGAAAAAAGUAACUUUUAGUAAGGCUACUUUUCAUUUGUUCAGCAAAGUAAAUAAAUAAAAUGUCAGUGUCUGAAGCUUGGAAAAGCUGCAUUUCAUUUAUUAACACAUCAGAGACAGUCCCAUAGUAUGGAGUGUCACACAAAAUGAUUGGCCCAUUUUUUUUUUUAUGAACCAACCAUAGAUUGCUAACAUUUACCUUGACAUGUUAGAAAACUUUGCCUAUCCUCAUUUAAGAGUUACAACCUGAUAUGUUGUUCUAGCAAGAUAGCAUUUCACCACAUUAAGUAUUGAUUGCUUGUGAAUUUCUAAACAUACAAUUCCCUAAUUGAUGGGUUGGCAUGGUGGUCCCAUAACUUGACCACCAAGGUUAUUGAACGUAAUUGUGAUUUCUUAAUGUGUGGUUCUGUGAAGGAUCAUGUCUACAAAUCUUGGGUAGCUGAUGUGAAAGAUUUGAAGGCAAGAAUCAUUGCUGUGCUUGUUGAUGCGCUAUACUAUACAUAGAAAGAACUGCAAUAUUGCUUGGACAGUGUAUUUGUAACUAAGAGCAUGUGUUGAAUGUUUGUGAUUUCAGUAUUCCAGAAAAAGCUUUGAAGUAUGCUUUAUCUUAUUCUGUCUAUAUCAUAAUUGUAAGUUGUUUAAUAAGUUUCCUAUGAUCAAUUUUAGUUGUAAAGAUCUUUUAUAUAUCCUGUAUAAUUUGGGCUUGU